GUUUGAUCAAUACGGCUCCGAGGCAGGGCUCAGGCGUAGAAGGCAGUCAGUAACGAUACCGUUCGGACGAAUUUCUCUCGUCGUAAACUUUUGGGAAAAAUUUUCAAUAUAUUUUUGAUUUUGUAAGGACGCGCCAAAAAUCCGAAAAAAAAACUCAAGUGUUGUCGACAGACUUUCGGACCUGCCUAUCGACUGAGCAUUCCCCGUUGCGUUGUGUUAUAAAUUUUUGUUUACUUGUCUUUACCUUAGACUCGGACGUUUUGCAAAAUGACUUCGAUUGAAUCGAAACGCGUGCAAUACCGCAAGUAUUUGGAGCGUGCUGGGGUCAUCGACGCCCUGAGCAAGGCACUGAUCAAACUAUACGAAGAGCAGAACAAACCCGAAGAUGCCAUCCGUUUUGUGCGUAAGUUUAUGUGCGAAAGCUGUCCGGAUGAUGCCCAGUACGAUGUCAUGAAGAACGACCUCGAAGAGGCCAAGGUGCACAUAACAAAGCUGGAGCAGGAGCUAGAGCGUUUGCGCGGUCAAAUCAAAAAGUCACCGGAGGAGUACCAGGAGCUCACUAUUGCCGGCUAUAAGUCCCUCAUGGAUGAUGAGGAGAACGUCAGUUCUCUGCUGCGCAAAUACCUCACCCCCGAGCUUUUGGAGGAGUACAUGCUGGUCACCACCUCGGCUCCUGUGGACGCCUACCUAUACGAUUGCGCUGUGACUGGAUUUGAGCACCACGAAACCCCUGUGGGCUUAUACGCAGCGGAUGCAGAGAGCUAUGACGUCUUCAAUAAACUCUUUGACCCCAUUAUCAAGGACUACCACGGUCAGCUGGAGAACGAUAACGAUGUGCUCCAGAAGGAUGCUGACUUUGGCAACGUGGAUGAGAUUGAGAACUUGGAUCCGAACCGCAAGUACAUCUUCUCUGCGCGCAUUCGUCUCGCGCGAAACAUCGAAGGUUUCCCCUUCUUCCCAAAACUCACGGAGAAACAGUUUAUCGAGGUGGAAGACCGAGUGCGUGCGGCUACUGAAACGAUGGACGGUGAGCUCAUCGGUUCCUACCUGAAAAUAGGGGACAUAGAUGCCGAGACACAGGCAGAGAUGGUCAAGCGACAUAUACUCUUCCAGCGCGGCGAUGAGCAGCUGACCACCGCUGGUUGCUAUCGUUUUUGGCCGACUGGUCGCGGUGUCUACCAUAAUCCAGCCGAAACUUUUAUUAUUUGGGUUAACCGUGAGGACCAUGUGCGCAUCAUGUCAAUGGCGCCAUGCGGUGACUUUGGUGACGUCUACAACCGCCUGGUCAACGGUCUCCAAGAGCUUGAGAAAAGCCUAACUUUUGUGCGCCACCCGCGUUAUGGCAACCUCACGGCCUGUCCCACCAAUGUGGGCACCACACUGCGCGCUUCUGUCCACAUCCGCUUGCCGCUGCUGUGCAAGGACCCCGACCGCCUGCUCGCCCUCGCCGAUGAGCUGCAGCUGCACAUACGCGGACAUGACGGUGAACUUGCCAACGAAGAUGGCGUAUUGGAAAUAUCGAACAAGCGACGUCUCGGCUAUACAGAAUUCGAAUUGGUCAAGACGCUCCAGGAUGGCGUUGUCGCCUUGAUCAAUGCAGAGGAAGAGCUCGAGAUAGCCGGACAGGAGGGUUAGAUGCCCGACCACUUUACAGCCGCAAAAACGAUACCGAUUCCACCACCACAAAUAAUUACAAACACAGACAGAAACGACUGGAGGAGCAUCUCAUCUUUGGUUAAAUAAAUUCGUCCCGUAGUCUAAAGAAUCAAU